AAACCCUAAAUCCGUCGUAGGCAAACCCAAUCUCAUCACUUUCCCCUUCUCCCCGGCUUUCUCAUCCGCCGAGUCCACAACUCUCUUAUUGCAGCACAGCGACAAUGGCGGAUGGCGAAACAGAUAUUGCUACUGGACAGCCAAAGAGGAGAACAUUCAAGAAGUUCUCCUUCAGAGGUGUUGAUCUUGACCAGCUACUUGAUAUGAACACUGAUGAUUUGGUCCAGCUUUUCCAUGCUCGUGCCCGAAGAAGGUUCCGCCGUGGGCUUACCAGAAAACCUAUGGCAUUGAUUAAGAAGCUUCGCAAGGCGAAGCGUGAGGCACCCCCUGGUGAGAAGCCCGAGCCUGUGAGGACUCACCUUCGUAACAUGAUCAUUGUACCUGAGAUGAUUGGUAGCAUAAUUGGAGUCUAUAAUGGGAAAACCUUCAACCAGGUCGAGAUCAAGCCUGAGAUGAUUGGGCAUUACUUGGCCGAGUUCUCUAUCUCAUACAAGCCUGUGAAGCACGGAAGGCCCGGUAUUGGUGCUACCCACUCAUCCAGGUUUAUUCCUCUCAAGUGAUCACCAACCAAAGAAAAAUGGAUGGUUUCUUUUGUUGUUUGGAUUUGCAGUUGGAGCAUAGCUCUGCAGCCAUUUUUGAAGCAUACUGUUCUAGACCUUUUUUAUGCUAGGAACCUAUUCUCUUGAUUUAAAAUUUACCCCCCCCUUCAAUUUACCUGGUUUGUCCAUCCGAGUACUGCAGGAUAAUUUUUCAUUUGACUCAGAAGUGCAUUUUUUUUUGAUGUUUUAUUGGGGUCCUUGUGGUAACUAAUAUUAGGUUUGUUUUAUA